AUGAUUACGAUCCUGGUGCUUUUUCUGUUCUCCUCCAUUGCGUUGUAUUUAUGGUUAUUCUAUGAGAACGUUAAACGUUAUCCGAAAGGUCCGUUACCUCUACCUAUUGUCGGAAAUUUGCACUCGGUGAAUAUUAAGAUAUUUCAUGAGGAAUUGGCACGAUUCUCAAAGGAUUACGGUAACGUGUUCACGGUAUGGCUUCCAAAACCGCACGUUAUUAUCAUGGAUCUCGAUUUAAUCAAGGAAGCGUUCACUAAGAAAGUAUUCAACCUUUGUUUAUCACCUGAUUAUGAAUGCGCUUACAAUUUAUACAAUUUCCAGGUGAUGAUUUCUCUGGACGAUCAGGGACUGUUUCCAGACACUCUGUUCCAAAGUGUUAAAAAUGGAGGGAUCGUUUUUUCUGACGGUGAAAAUUGGAAGGAGCAAAGACGAACGGCUUUACAUAUCUUGAGAGAUUUUGGUAUGGGUAGAAAUUUAAUGGAGGAACAGGUUUGUCUUUCUGGACAUGACCUCAUUUCAUACUUAUCUUCCCGUAAGGAUAAGCAUAAUAUGGACAUUGGGGGACCUUUGCAGAUUUUUGUGGCCAACGUAAUAAACCAGACAUUAUUUGGAUAUAAAUACGACUUCAAUAACAGUGAACGACUUAUGUCCACAGCAAAUGCAGUGAAUCGGAUAUUUGCAGAAAUGAGAAGCAGUAAACUAAUAUUCUUAGCACAACUAAUCCCAUCUGUUCUUCAUCUUCCACUUAUUGGUCAAAUGAUAAAGGGGAAAAUUGACAAUGAUAUCAAUUUGAUUCAUCGAAAUAUCAAUGAAGAUGUGGAGAAGGCAUUAAAAUCUUGGAAUGUUGAUCAAGAACCGGAAUGUUUUGUUCACGCUUACUAUCAACAAAUGAAGACUAAUCCAAUGCUCAACUAUGAUAACUUAAUUAACGUUUGUACGGAUCUAUUCCUGGCCGGUAUGGAAACAACUGCAACUACAUUGAGAUGGGCGGCACUAUAUCUGGCCAAAUAUCCCAAUGUGCAGGACAAAAUUCGUAACGAAAUUCUGUCUGUUCUUGGCGUUGAUGGGAAACCAAGUAUGGAUCUUAGACAAAAAUCGUUGCCCUAUACCCAUGCUGCAGUCCAAGAAAUCCAGAGAUGUGCGAGUAUUGUCGCUGUAAAUCCAAUUCAUCGCACCACGAAGGAUACGAGCGUCGGUUCAAUCCCUAUCCCAGCGAACACAUUUGUUAUCGGACAAUGCUCCUAUGCCCUGGCAAAUCCACAGAUCUACAAAAAUAGCGAAGAAUUUCAACCAGAACGGUUUCUUAUGGAAGAUGGUGUCACACCAAAUAAGGAAGCACUGGACAGUUUCUUCCCGUUCUCAGUGGGAAAAAGGCAAUGUGCUGGGGAAUCCAUGGCAAAGGUUGAGCUAUUUCUAGGACUUAUCAUGCUUCUUCAAAAAUUUAAGAUUGAACCUGUUAAAGGAGCAACUAUCGAUUUGGAACCAACUCUUGCCACUGUUCUCGUACCAAAACCUCAACUUUUACGCAUUUCUUCGAUUUGA